CAUGAGUGUGUGAUAGAGUCAAGAGACUCAUAAAGUACCCAAAGAAGAAAAGACGAGGUUUGCUGCUUUAACUUACAACUUUGGAGCUCUUUCUCCUCUCGUCCAGGCCAGUUAGGUGUCCAGCAUGUCACUGGAGGUGAAGGAGAAGACACAGGUGCGUCUAGUGUUCCUGGGGGCUGCAGGGGUGGGAAAGACCGCCCUCAUCCGCCGCUUCCUGCAGGACACGUUUGAGCCCAAACACCGGCGCACGGUGGAGGAGCUGCACAGCAAGGAGUAUGACAUCGGCGGGGUCAAGGUCACCGUGGAGAUCCUGGACACCAGUGGCAGCUACUCCUUCCCGGCCAUGCGCAAGCUCUCCAUCCAGAACAGCGACGCCUUCGCGCUGGUCUACGCCGUGGAUGACCCUGAGUCUCUUGAGGCGGUCAAAAGCCUUCGAGAUGAGAUCCUGGAGAUCAAGGAGGACAAGUACACUCCCAUCGUGGUGGUGGGCAACAAGAUGGACCGCGAGCAAGAGCGGCAGGUGUCCAGCGAGGACGUUCUGUCCACAGUGGAGAUGGACUGGAACAACAGCUACCUGGAGGCCUCGGCCAAGGACAACGCCAACGUGGUGGAGGUGUUCAAGGAGCUCCUGCAGCAAACCAACCUGCCCAGCCGCCUCAGCCCUGCCCUACGACGACGCAGGGAGACUUUUCCUAAAGACACCAGCUUCAGACCCCCUAUGAACAAGACCAACAGUUGCAUUCUGUCAUAACAACACCUGUUAACUUUAAUGGCGGGACAAAAAUGAAGAGGUGGGAGUGGGUGUCAAGUGAGGAACACACUGAUUGAUCUCCAACAAAACACCAGACACUUAAGGCACCUUGACACUGAACUCAAGGAUGAAAGUGAGCAGCAUAAAUAUGGAAGACACAUUCAUUAUUUCUCAGUUACCUGAUUUGUGGUGUUUGCUACUUCCUGGGUGACAUUAUGCUACUGCUGUUAAGAUCAAUGUAAGGCUAUUAGAUGUCACGUGCAUCAAGUUUUCUGUGGGAAUUACAUAGACGUACAUACAAAUAUAUUCCCAGUUGUUGUAUCUUUCCUGUACAGUUUUUUUGGUGGCACAUGAUGUUUACAUCUAUUUGUACAUGUGAUUGUGCAUAAGUGACUCAUUUAAACUGUAACUCUUUGAAUUAUUGUUUUUCUAUAAAUGUUGGGGUUUUUACCAUCUCAUACAAUAUUGUGCUGUUAAACUUAAGCAAAUGUAAGUGGAUUGUGAAUCAAAAUAUGUAAUAAAAAUAUAUGAAGUCAUCUAAAAUGUGGUCUAUGUGCCAAAGACACAAACCAAAAGCACCAUGACUAAGACUUAAGAACCAGCUAUUGCACAAGCCAGGAGGAUAUUUAGUUAUUUGGCAACUCUCCACAUCCUUGCACAGCAUUGGAAAAUGUGUGUGUUUAAAUUUUAACAAAAGGUGAGUAAUUUUUUUUUAACAUUUAGGAACAUUUAACAUAGUUUACCAUUGAAAUAGUCACGUCCAUGUUAUGAAAAGCGCCACUCUUAGC